CAUAUGUGGAAGUCAAAAAAGUCCCACGUUGUUGUACUUGUAUGCGACAGUAACCAAUUCUAUGAAAAACAAAGCAACAAAAAAAAGAAAGGACAGAAAAAAAGUGUCUUUGCUUUCUUUAUUUUCAUUCUUUAAAUUGGAUUGAGUCUCACUUUCUCUCUCUCUCUCCCAAUUCUUGGAUUGGAUAUUUGUCAAAAUCUUCCAUUAUUAUUUUCAAAUCUAUCAUUUCUCUCUCUCUCUCUCUCUCUCUCUCUAAACAUUCUCUGUAAUGAUUCCAUAACCCUGGUUUUAGGGUUCUUGUGAUUUUUUAGUCAAGUAAAUUUCCAAUUUUGAUUAAUUUUUCGGAUACCCAGUUCAUCUAAAAGCUCAAUCUUUUGGGCUAGUUGUUCAAAUUUCAAUUUUUUAUGGUGGGUUUGAAGAAAUCGGAGAUUUUUUUUCAGCUCAUGUCCCACAUUAUCCCAUAUAAAUAUCUCUGACCCAAUUUGUUUUGAUGGGUAAUUAGAAGAAAAAAAAAAGAAACUGAAUUUUGUUGAAUUUGGUUGUGGAGUUUCAAGAGAAUGAGGCUACAGGUACGAGUAAUUGAGGCUCGGAAUAUACCAGCAAUGGAUCCGAACGGUUUGAGUGAUCCGUACGUGAAGAUACAACUUGGGAGGCAGAAGUUUAAGACCAAAGUGGUGAAGAAGAGUUUGAAUCCUCAAUGGGGUGAGGAAUUCGGGUUCCGGGUUGAUGACUUGAAUGAGGAGCUAGUGUUUUAUGUUUUGGAUGAGGACAGGUACUUCAACGAUGACUUUGUUGGCCAACUCAGGGUACCUGUUUCCAAGGUCUUUGAUUCAGAGGACAAGUCAAUUGGUCCCUGUUGGUACUCUCUGCAACCCAAGAACAAGAAGUCCAAGAACAAGGAUUGUGGUGAAAUUCUUCUAACAAUAUAUUUUUCUCAAAACAAUUCAUCCGUAAACUUGAAUUGUAAUGGUGAAUCACCUUCAAGGACAUUCAAUAGCUCAUCAAACUCACCUUCACUAAGACUAGAAGAAAUUGCUUUCUCUAAGGAAGACAAGUCUUUUGUACAGAAGUCCUUUGCUGGCCGACUUGCUCUGAUUUUCAAUAAACAUUCAGAUACAGCUUCAUCUUCAUCCACCUACAGUGACGGGUCAGAGCCACCUGAAACUGCGGGAUCCGAGAUUUAUGAGAACAAGUAUGAGGAUCAGUCUUCAUCUGAUACUUUUGAAAAAGUGAUGAACACAAUGGAGACAAGGGAUCAAGGAAGUGAAACCCCAAGCAAUUUACCAGGAGGAGUGGUUUUAGACCAAUUGUAUCAGAUAGCACCACCUGACCUGAACUCUUUACUCUUUUCACUUGAUUCAAGUUUUCCGAAAUCAGUGGCAGAAGUGCAAGGAACUACAGAACUGCAACAAGGAUGUUGGAAAUUUGAAAAUAAUGGUGAGAAUUUGAAAAGAGUGGUCACAUACAUUAAGGCUCCAAGUAAAUUAAUCAAAGCUGUGAAAGCCACUGAGGAGCAAACGUAUCUGAAAGCUGAUGGGAAGGUUUUUGCAGUUUUGGCAAUCGUGAGCACUCCUGAUGUCAUGUAUGGGAGCACCUUUAAGGUGGAAGUGCUCUACUGCAUUACACCUGGGCCUGAGCUACCAUCAGGAGAACACUCCUCCCGUUUGGUAGUAUCCUGGAGAGUAAAUUUUCUUCAAGGCACCAUGAUGAAAGGAAUGAUAGAAAAUGGAGCUCGACAAGGUAUAAAGGAAAGCUUUGAGCAGUAUGCAAUUGUAUUAUCUCAGAAUGUUAAGCUAGUUGACUCUAAGGAACUUGGUUCGAAUAAGGAACAGGUCUUGGCAUCACUGCAGGUGGAGCCCCAGUCAGAUUGGAAGCUGGCUGUACAGUAUUUUUUAAAUUUUAAUGUGUUUUUCACUAUUAUUAUGGGAUUGUAUGUGCUUGUUCACAUCUGGCUGGCUACACCCAGCACACUUCAAGGGCUUGAGUUUGUCGGGCUUGACUUGCCAGAUUCAAUUGGUGAAUUCAUAGUCUGUGGUGUCCUGGUUCUUCAAGGUGAACGGCUACUGGGGUUGAUUUCGCGCUUCAUGCAGGCCAGAGCGCAAAAAGGCAGUGAUCAUGGAGUCAAAGCACAAGGAGAUGGCUGGUUAUUAACUGUUGCCUUGAUUGAAGGAAGUAGUUUAGCAGCUGUUGAUCCAAGUGGGUCCUCUGAUCCAUAUGUGGUGUUUACUUGUAAUGGGAAAACUAGAGCCAGCUCAAUCAAAUUCCAGAAGUCUAAUCCUCAAUGGAAUGAAAUUUUUGAAUUUGAUGCAAUGGAUGAGCCUCCUUCUGUGCUGGACAUGGAAGUUUAUGAUUUUGAUGGACCUUUUGAUGAAGCUACGUCUUUGGGACAUGCUGAAGUCAAUUUUCUGAGAAAUAAUAUAUCAGAUCUAGCUGAUAUUUGGGUUCCUCUUCAAGGAAAGUUAGCUCAGGCUUGCCAAUCUAAGAUUCACUUAAGAAUUUUCUUGAACAAUACAAAAGGUGGCAAUGUUGUUAAAGAAUAUUUAAGUAAGAUGGAGAAAGAGGUGGGGAAGAAGAUAAAUGAGCGGUCUCCUCAAACAAAUUCUGCCUUCCAAAAACUCUUUGGGCUUCCACCAGAGGAGUUUCUCAUCAACGACUUUACCUGCCACCUGAAACGAAAAAUGCCCCUGCAGGGUCGCCUGUUCCUUUCAGCAAGAAUAAUUGGGUUUCAUACAAAUCUGUUUGGGCAUAAGACAAAAUUCUUUUUCCUUUGGGAGGAUAUAGAAGUUAUCCAGGUUGUUCCACCUACUCUAUCAUCAAUGGGCAGUCCAAUUGUUGUAAUGACUCUUCGGCCUGGCCGAGGUAUGGAUGCCAAGCAUGGUGCAAAGACACAAGAUGCAGAAGGCAGGCUGAAGUUCCAUUUCCAGUCCUUUGUGUCCUUUAAUGUAGCACAUAGGACAAUUAUGGCUCUAUGGAAGGCUAGAUCCUUGAGUCCUGAGCAGAAGGUACAAAUAGUUGAAGAAGAAUCUGAACCCAAAAUCCUCCAAACUGAUGAGAGUGGGUCCUUCUUGGGCCUUGAUGAUGUCAGCAUGUCUGAGGUUUAUUCAUGUAUACUCCCUGUUCCUACAAGUUUUUUCAUGGAGGCAUUAAGUGGGGGUGAAUUGGAGGCUAGAGUUAUGGAGAAAUCUGGUUGUCUUGACUAUUCUAACACCCCAUGGGAAUCGGAAAAGAGUGAUGUCUAUGAGAGACAAAUACAAUACAGAUUUGAUAAAUGUAUUUCCCGUUAUAGAGGAGAGGUGACAAGUUCUCAGCAAAAGUUCCCCCUACCUGAUAAAAAUGGAUGGCUUGUUGAGGAGGUCAUGACGCUCCAUGGAAUUCCACUAGGCGACAAUUUCAAUCUUCACCUUAGAUACCAAUUGGAGGAAUUACCCUCAAAAUCAAAGGAAUGUAAUGUACAGGUGUUCUUGGGAAUUGAAUGGCUGAAAAGUUCUAAGCAUCAGAAAAGGAUUACAAAGAACAUCCAAAAAAACCUGCAAGAUCGCCUGAAAGGGAUGUUCUCUGUAAUUGAGAAGGAAUUUGCGGCAAAAUAGUGGAGCGAUCUAUUGUAUUCUGUAUUUCGAUAUAUUGACUUUGGGUUGGAGAUAGCUGAGGUUCGUAUAGCAUCAUGCACCUUCCCAAUACAGUGUCUGUGAUGAUAUCUGUGAAUGUCUUCUACGGUGGAGGCUUAAGCUAGAUUGCAUGACAGGUCAUAACUUUUCCUUGCGGAAGUGCCCUCUAGCCUUGAUUUAUGCUAGUAUUGCAGCAUUAAUUUAUUCAAGAAUAUCCUUAAUUUGGUAGAAGUAAAACACACAGAUGGUGGAGUUAUUUACAUGUGGAGCUUAAGAUUUAGCAGAGAUUGAUUGGAUACUUUCCAUUCUUGUUGAGAUUGGUACUCUAUCUAAACAGGCUGAAGUUUGCUGCAAUUUUUGACAGACACGGAUCUAUUGGACCUUAUUUUCAAUUCACAAGCCAGAUAGAGCAACUAUCCAUUGCUCCUUUUUAUUUAACCGGUAUUUAACAUGAUGGCAGGACAAUUUCAGAUGAUGUCCAAAUGUAUACAGAAUUAGGCUUGGUACUUACCAAAAAAGAGAGACUUAAAAAUAGGAUUGGCAUUUCUAGCUUGUAUAAUUAGUAGUCAUAAAAUGAUAUUUUGAUAGACUGCUGAAGCCUCAUAGUCAUAUAUUAGCUUAUAGUUAUAUCUUAUAUGAUUUUUGUCUGUAAAACCAUGUAUGUACAAUAAAUUUAUUUUAGAAAUGUAGAAGCUUUGGCAGGUUGUUAUGUCA